AUGACCAUUCCAUUCUACAAAGGACUACAAGGGGAGGAAUCAAUACGAUUGAUGGAGGAACCAUCCUAUGCUGAGGAAUCGUUUGCCACUACAUGUAAGAGAUGGCACAGCUGGGGUUCAUUAGCAGUCAAGAGAUUUGAUGGGGCCACUGGCUCAAACUCGGACAACCUGUGGUACAGAGAAGGCAAGUUACAGAGAAUGUGCAUGUGUACUGACACACCCCAGGGAUUGGGUAAGCGAAGCGAACAGCCAGUACAAUUUGUAGGAGCGACAAACUGUGGCAGAGGGAAGCAUGUUUCUCACAAGAGGUCACAGCCUGCCAUAGUAAACACAACUACCACUGGCCUUAAAGAAAAUAAAUGAAUUGCCAGCUGGUGUAGAAAACUGAACUUACAGUCGGGAAAACUGAAUGUUUUGGCAGGUUUGUCCAACCCUACUGGUGAAUGUAGGGACGCGGGUGGCACUGUGGGUUAAACCACAGAGCCUAGGGUUUGCCGAUAAGAAGGUUGGCGGUUCGAAUCCCCGCGGUGGGGUGAGCUCCCGUUGCUCGGUCCCUGCUCCUGCCAACCUAGCAGUUCGGAAGCACAUCAAAGUGCAAGUAGAUAAAUAGGUACCGCUCCAGCGGGAAGGUAAACGGCGCUUCCGUGUGCUGCUCUGGUUCGCCAGAAGCGGCUUAGUGAUGCUGGCCACAUGACCCGGAAGCUGUAUGCCGGCUCCCUCGGCCAAUAAAGCGAGAUGAGCGCCGCAACCCCAGAGUCGUCCGCGACUGGACCUAAUGGUCAGGGGUCCCUUUACUGGUGAAGGUGCAGCAGAGCUUGAUUCUUCCUUUGUGUCUGCUAUAGAAAUGCCGUGGUUUACUGCAGAUGGGACAGAAUUCUCUAUCCCUCCUCUGCCAACCAUUCCCCCGCUCCCAGGGUAGUAGUUUUUGUGGGUUCAUCUACAAGGCUGGAUGAUGACAUAGUUUUAAAUAUCACUUCUGAAAAACUUUAGUCUGGUUCCCUUCUCAUGAGUUUAUUCUUUAAGUAUUUAAAGAAACUUGCAUUUAUUCCAACAAAUUCGCCGGACUGAAAGCUCAGUGAACACUUCUUUCCAGAGGGACGGCAGCCAACACAAUAGCAGCUACAGUGAACCUUCGGCUCCAAAGUUCCCUUACUCAUAUGCCUUAACCCUACAUAACAUUUGAACAAGGCUAAUUGAAUUUAUUUAUACCCAGCCUCUCCCACACCCUGAGAUCUAUCUUCCUUCUUCAUUUCAGUCUGGGAAUGAAUCAUGCAUGACAGGAGAGAGAAAGAGAGAGAGAGUAAAUAAAUGCACAGCCAAGUUUAGUAGUACAAAUAUUAUGUUUCAUAUGCAGUAAGGGGACUCAGGACAGUAGAGGGUGUGUAGGAGCCAGAUACUCAAACUACAUGUUACUUUAAAUGCAUUUUAAAGCCCCUUUUUCCAAAACUGUCACAGUGGUCCUAAUCCAAACACACAACUUUCCCUGCUGAAAAUUAACACACACACAUGGACGUAGCAGGGGGGGCAGCCCCAAUAAAUAAAAAUCAAUAAAAUGCAUAGCUAACUGAGAUUCUGCCCCCCCCCCCCCAAAUGUCUGCACGCCCCCCAGCAAAAGUCCUGGCUACACACAAACACACACACACACACACACACAGUUUGCUGUUACAAAAUCCCGAGCACAGAACUGAAAGACGUAUUUAUAGUAAAUGGGUGGCUUGGUCCUCCCUCCUGCUGCUUAUUCCAUUAAUCAGAUCUAUCAAGGCCAGGAGCAUCUGAUCUUAGGAUAGACAUCAGCAUAGGAAUGCAGGUUGUAAGCCCAACCCAUCAGCAAGCACAACCCUUGCGCCAGAUAUGUGCAGUUUUGUUAAUUCUGGCACAAGCACAAAGUUUGCUGCUGCAGUCAUUUUUAGGUUUAUUAGUGGUUAGGUCUUAAAGAAGUGCUCUUCUCAGCUCCAUCGUGUAUAACAAGCAAACAUGGCCUGGAUUCUACACGCGACUUUCCUUUUCCCUUGUUCAAAUCUGUGAAAGAGCAACCAGGUCACAUUAACUGACAGCACACCCUCCAACAUCCUCAGGUGAAAAUAGGGAUAUUUCUCACUCCCCUGCAACUGACCCUUCUCAACCCCUCAUUUUUGUCUUUCAGGUUACUGUGGCUACAAUGCCUAUAUAUUUACUUACUUGGGAGAAAGUUCAAUUGAACUCCAUUAGACUUCUGAGUAGACACGUAUAGGAUUGUACUGCUGGUGUAUUUGGGUAGAAAAUACUGUACUUUUCCGCGUAUAAGACUAGGGUUUUUUCUUUAAAAAUUAGCUUUAAAAUUUGCCCUCGUCUUAUACAUGGGUAGUGCAGAGGGGGAUUGGGUGACUGGUUGCAGCCACAAGAUUUUCAGCAGCAAUGGGGCAGGUGAUUGGUGGCUGUGUGAAGGGCUGUUUGCGAUAGGCUGGCUCUGUGGCAAUAGCGUGGUCGACUGACGGCUGCAGGUGAGCGAUUUUCGACAAUCCCCCCCCCCAAAAAAGCUCAAAAAUUGUGGGCAAUCCACUCCAAAAAAAAAAAAAAAGGUCAACUCUUGGCCAUCUCCCCCCAUUUUCUUAAAUCGGAGUCCCCAAAAAUAGGAGGCGUCUUAUACAUGGGGGCGUCUUAUAGACGGAAAACUACAAUUAUUUAUUUUGACCUAAUAAUUGAAAGUGGUGAAUGCUUGUGGCACAACCCUAAGUUCACAUAGGCUCCAAGCAUGAUUUUUUUUGUCCAUAGAAAACAGCUGAGUUGGUAGCCUAAAACAAUAUAAAUUCUUUAUUGUCAGACUACAGUCUCCAUUCAAGCUUAAAAAUAGACUUUUCUGUUUUUAUAUAAAAUACCUGCUUUACUUUGGGUCUUAUGACCUUUAUCAAGGACGAAGAAAAGAUGUAGAAACAUAAGAAAUCUUAUAAACGUUGCAUGUCACUACAAUAUAUAUUUUUUGCAUAUCACAGAUAUGACAAUCCUCCGAACAAACACUGAGCUUGUUAAUUAUAUCCCAGCAUUGUAAAACAACCUGCUACUGUUCAGCCAUGCAGUAAAACACUUAAGAGGAAGAACGAAUUCCAUUAGAUGCUAUCCCAAAAAACUAUGAGGGCCUAUCAUUUAAAUACAGUACUACAAAAUGAUAUGCUUUAUUCACUUUCCUGUUCUUCACAGUCGGUAUCCCAGCUCCACUUCCCAAAGUACAUGACCCCAUUCAAAACCUACCAAAAAUAUCUGUAACAAUUUUUUAAAAAUGGUUUCUGCACCGCAAACAAAAUAUAAAUAAACAGGUUCAAUUAACACUUGAGAAAGUACAAAUAAGACUCUUGCAGCACAUGAAAGACCAACGGCACAAUCCUAACCAUAUCUAGUUAGAAAAGUAAGUCCCAUUGAAUUAGGUGGGGCUUACUCACAGGUAAGUAGGGUUAGGACUGCAGCUUAAUAGAUUUCUUACAGCAGUGUAUUAGCUUUUGUGGACUAGAGUCCAUCAGAUGCAUAAAGUAUGUUCUUAGUUGGCAGAAUUAUACAUGCAUAUGUAUCUGUGUACACACAGAGAGCGAUACAGAACAAAUGUAAAGAGUGAUGCUAAAAGGCAUUGCAAAGAAAGAGAUGCAGCCUGUAACAUUUGAGAAACUUAGCAUGUUCCAUUCAGUGUUUAGCUAAACUAGUGGUUGGGGGCUGAAGGAAGCCCAUAGUAAAGUAGAAAUUACAUUCAAAACAUAUCUCAACUGUACUGAGAAUACACAGCUAAUAACAAACGCUCCAAGUGUCCCUAUUUUCCAGGGACAGUCCCGGAUUUACAGAAACUGUCUUGGUUUCUGAUUUGAUCCCAGAAUGUCCUGCUUUGCCUUAGGAUGUCCCUAUUUUCGUCAGAGAAAUGUUGGUGGGUAUGGAGUUACCUGACCCCCACACCACCUGAAGACAGCCCUGUAUAGGGAAGUUUUUAAAUGUUCCUUUUUAAAUGUUUUUAUAUAUGUUGGACUCCGCCCAGAGUGGCUGGGGCAACCUAGUGAAAUGGGAGGGUAUAUAUAGUAAAACGAUGAUGAAUGAUGGAAUAGGACGCUGCUAUUUUUAUUAGAGAAAUGUUGGCGGGUAUGUAAGAAUUAUUAUAGAAAGGUUAAACUAGAAGAUCAGGGCUAGGUUUCCUUACUCCCUCUUAUACUCAAUAGCAAUCCAUGUAUAUUAGCAUCUUGGCAAAGCUCAACUUCCAGGACACAGCAAGAGAGACAGUCACUUAGCUGUUGGGACCUGGAAAAUGUGUUGCACUGCUUUCUUUUCUUGGACCAUAACAGCAGCCAGACCUAUUUGUCGGAUUAUCCCUGGAAUUGCUCUCGUGACGCCUCCCACUCCCAAUUUAUGGGCUCCCUCUGCCUAAUUUAAUCUUAGCUCUUGGUUUGAUCCUGCAUAUAUUUUCUAUUACUGUCUUAGUCCAUGAAAGAAUUGAGAAAAAUUCAUCCAGCUAUCUUGGAUAAAGGAUUGUUAUCAGCAUUUUUACUGGUUAUUCUACCUAGUUUUAUGAUCAUGCCUUAUACUGCUCUGCUUACUUUUAGCAGAAGAACGGGAUAACAAUUAACUGAUUAUUAGUAUGCCUCAAUCUAGGGAUGCGGGUGGCGCUGUGGGUUAAACCACAGAGCCUAGGACUUGCCGAUCAGAAGGUUGGGGGUUCGAAUCCUUGCUACGGCGUGAGCUCCCGUUGUUCGGUCCCUGCUUCUGCCAACCUAGCAGUUUGAAAGCACGUCAAAGUGCAAGUAGAUAAAUAAGUACUGCUCCGGCGGGAAGGUAAACGGCGUUUCCGUGCGCUGCUCUGGUUCGCCAGAAGCGGCUUAGUCAUGCUGGCCACAUGACCCGGAAGCUGUACGCCUGCUCCGUCGGCCAAUAAAGCAAGAUGAGCGCUGCAACCCCAGAGUCGGCCACGACUGGACCUAAUGGUCAGGGGUCCCUUUACUUUUACCUAACCAUAAGCUGCUCUGGAAUUCCUGGGGACUGAAGAGCAGGUUGCAAGUAUUUAUCAUCAUUAAGGAACCAUCCAACACACAGCCUGCAGUGCGAAGCCGGCGCCGCCAUGCACCCUCAUGUUGUUUUCGGGUCCAUGCUGACAGCACAAUGCACUCCAGAGCUCUAAAACACCCCAUUGACUUAACUACGCAGAACACGAAGUUCCCAGAGAUUCUGCUACUUGUUCUAAAGCGAGUUGAACGGACUGUGCCUCCUACCUCGGGGCUGCCAGCUGGUCUGGAAAAAUAAAAACAAGGAAACAAAACCUAGCCUGGCUUGCUCUUCUGCCUUCUUCAGCCAACUGAUAUGCAGGCCUUGGCAGGUUUUCCCCAUGCCUCCUGGAGAAUAACAUUAGCCCCUCUCAGUCCUUCCAGUAUCCAUAGAUACAUCUCUGACCUACUCUCUGUGGAAGGUUGCUCCCUGCAGCAUGCAAGCAUACAAACAAAGGGGUUUUGCACACACAACUGUCAAUACAGGAAGGCAAGUUUCCUCAUUGUGUUGUGCACUGAGCAUUCCAUGCAUAAAGUUGUAUGCACUUGGGGUCCUUUACAGACUUUCUAAGGAAUUUGUGUAGAUGGCUGGGGCAGCACCAGAUUUUGGGGGGCGCGGACGAUUCUCCUGCACAGGGUGAUGAGCCAAGGGGGUGAAUAAUAAUAAUAAUAAUAAUAAUACCUAUGUUUAUAUGGUACCUACCGAGACUAUCCAUGAAAAGCAACUGUACCAAAAGGAAUUAUUGUGAAAAUAAUAAAUAUUUAGGGGGUGCACCAAAUGUUGCAUGUGCUCUGGGCGCCAUAUUACCAAAGUUCACCUCUGGCGGAGGGGCAGGAGGGGGGAGUGUUAUGUACUGAAGUUCUCACCCUGGGCCAGCAGGGGGAUACUGUAGAUAGUUUUCACUCAGGUCCACAUAUGCAAAUAAGGGUUUGAAAGUGACGUUCAGUGAUUGGAUAGUUACAGAAAGUGGUUACAGUUGCAUUGUAGGGGAGCUCUAUAUAAGCAGGCUGGCUGAACCCUUCAAUUCAGUUCUAUUCUGGCCUGUGAAUAAACAAGAGCAGUUUGAAGAAUCGCUGUGUCGUCUGAUAUGUUCACCCACAAUUUAACAGGGAGCUUGCUGCCCAUUCCCCAUGCAGGUUUAGUAUCCAUGAAUCCUGAAUCAACAGCCACAAGCAGAUUGUGUAUGGGCAGCGAGAUACAGAAGACAGCUCCCAGCGGCACCUCUGAGCCACCCUCACUGCUUGAAUCAUAGGAAUCAUAGGACUGUAAAUUUGGAAGGGACCCUGAGGAUCAUCUAGUCCAACCCCCUGCAAUGCAGGAAUAUGCAGCUGUCCCAUACAGGGAUUGAACCUGCAACUUUGGGAUUAUCGGCACCAUAUUCUAACCAACUGAGCCAUUCAGCCAGUACUUGAGUUGCAUUAGAAACAGACCAUCCAUUAGGGUACACGAGAGCUUUUAUUCCAGUGCCAAUAAGCAAAUGGAUCAGGACUACAAUAGGGGACAAAGGGUUAAGGCUGCCUCCUUCCCAUGGGGGGGGGGGUCCUUCUCUGACACCUACUAUUUCCUGUUGAAGAGCCAUUCACACCAGUUGCUAAUGGUGCGAGUGGUACCUACUUUGGCUCCAAGCCAUCUAGAUUUGCUUAAGAUCAAGCCUGGUCAUUUUGGGGUGUGGUUUGGGUUUCCCUCCCUUCUCUGGCUCCUUUUGGGGUUGCAAACACACUUAAUAUUUCCAUUCGCUUAGUCCGCAAGGCCUAGCAAGCCUGAUAUAUGCAGUAGUUGCACUCUUACAUCUCAGAGGGCUGUUUUUAAUUAUUAUCUAAUUUUUACUUGUUAUUAAGUACAAGUAAUUGUUAAGUGACAUUCAGCUUCUAAUGCCACCUCUGGUGUUAAUUUCGAGAUGACCACUGGGGAAGAGAAAGAAUGGAUGGGGAGGAGCUAAAGAAAGAGGAUUAAAAAAAACCCCACCUUUGACCUUGACUCAUUAAUUUGGGACCCAUUUAACUUCUGCAUCAUAGCGCUAGCACCUCACCACCUGUCACACACAAAAAUAUUAGUGUGCUAUUUUUCCCCCAGUACAAGUGAACCCAUAUUUCAUUUAUUUUGUUGGUCAGACUUUUGAACCUGUUUAAUAAUUGCAUCCUCUCUUUGAUUUCUGGGGUCUUUCACCUCCUGCCUUCUCUUUGCUUCAUUGCAAAAUUCUCAGUCCUUUUUCCCGUUGUUACAAUACUUGCUCUCAUCUCACUUUCUUUUGCUAUCCUUUCUAUCACCACCCUAUUGCCCCUUUCCUCAUGUCUUCUUCCACAUUCUCUUUACCUUCUCAAACAUUUCUAUCCUUUCUUUUUCUCACCUUCUGCUUCCUUUGUACCUGCUGGUAUUGCCUUUCUGUCUCCUCUUUUUACUCUCCUCACAUUAAUUCACCUUCUCUGCAGCUCUAAUUCACCUCUCUGUGCCUCCUAAUGUCAACUUGCCUGAAAUCAAAAUCAACAGGAUUUCUGAGGAGGUUUCACCAUUCUCAGAACAUAAUAUGGGUGGUAGCUGUUCUUUUUGCCCCUUUGAUGGAUGAUGAAGUUUGAAGAAACUCCAUAGCUUCUCACACACGGAAGCAACAUAUACCUGUAGUUCCGAAACAAAAUGUUCCACCCCCGCUCUUUUAGUUUGUGAAGUCUUUCCAUUUUACAAUUCUUUUUUCAAAAACCAACUAAAUGUCUACACUUCCAAAUCCACACUGAACUAUUAAAGAUGCCCUCCUGUGCAUAGUUACCUGAGAGUAAAAAGGUAAAGGGACCCCUGACCAUUAAGGUCCGGUCGUGACCGACUCUGGGGUUGCGGCGCUCAUCUCGCUUUAUUGGCCAAGAGAGCUGGCAUACAGCUUCCGAGUCAUGUGGCCAGCAUGACUAAGCCGCUUCUGGCAAACCAGAGCAGCGCACGGAAAUGCCGUUUACCUUCCCGCCGGAGUGGUACCUAUUUAUCUACUUGCACUUUGACGUGCUUUCAAACUGCUAGGUUGGCAGGAGCAGGGACCGAGCAACGGGAGCUCACCCCGUUACGGGGAUUCGAACCGCCGACCUUCUGAUCGGCAAGUCCUAGGCUCUGUGGUUUAACCCACAGCACCACCCGCGUCCCUUACCUGAGAGUAGGUCCUAUUAAAAUAAGUGUGCUUUUCUGAGCAGCCAUUCAUAGGAUUUGCUUUGUAACGAAGGCUUUCCCUCACUGCAGAGCUGAAUUUCCUCGACCUUUCCUGCAUUUACCUGGAAGUAAAGCCCCCAAGGGGACGCAGGUGGCACUGUGGGUAAAACCUCAGCACCUAGGACUUGCCGAUCGUCAGGUCGGCGGUUCGAAUCCCCGCGGCAGGGUGCACUCCCGUUGCUCGGUCCCAGCGCCUGCCAAACUAGCAGUUCAAAAGCACCCUCGGGUGCAAGUAGAUAAAUAGGGACCGCUUACUAGCGGGAAGGUAAACGGCGUUUCCGUGUGCUGCGCUGGCUCGCCAGAUGCAGCUUGUCACGCUGGCCACGUGUCCCGGAAGCGUCUUCAGACAGUGCUGGCCCCCGGCCUCUUAAGUGAGAUGGGCGCACAACCCCAGAGUCGGACACGACUGGCCCAUAUGGGCAGGGGUACCUUUACCUUUACCUUUUUUAAAGCCCCCAAACUGAACAUUGGCCAGUCAUCUCAGAGAAUUAGGCUUCACCUGGCAAUAGUAUGACCUGGAUUCAUGUAUUUUAAAUUGUCAUGCAUGUACCUAAGAAGUCUUACUCCCUGAAUAAACCUCCUCAGACAAAACUUCACAUGCAAGCUGUGCAGCUGUGGGAACCCAGUCCAUGCUCUAGAGAAGCCAGUAAAGAAAUGCAGACUUAACACACCCCAUCCAAUUUUUAAGGCAUGCUUGUUCAUUAUAUCCAACUAGGAUUACUUACUUGCACACAAAAACACACUGCCCCCUGUCCAGCCCUUCUAUUCCAAGUAAGAAGUGCACUGGAUUUUUGAAGUGAAUUUGAAUUUUGGGUCAAAUUCCCCCAGCAUGCCAUCUUAAAAUGGCUUUAAAUCUGAUCAGUUAUGAUGGUUUUGCUGAUUUGUUUUCUAAACCACUGAUCAGAUUUUUCUGUUCUGCUACAUUUUAUAUAUUUAAGCACAUCCCUCUCACCCAAACACCUUGAUACUGUUUUUAUAACUGAGCAAAGCACCCUAGGACUUUUGUUAAAACUGUAUUGGAAGUAUUGGAAGACACAAGAGCUUCCCACACUGGAGGAAUGGCAGAUGAAACUGAUGGACUAUAUGGAACUGGCGGAAAUGACUGGCAGAAUCCGUGACCAGGGAGAAGAGUCGGUGGAGGAAGAUUGGAAGAAAUUCAAAGACUAUCUGCAGAAACAUUGCAAAAUUAAAGAAUGUUAGAGUGAUGUUGGAUUGAAAAUAAGUGGCUUCCAGCUGCACAGGAUUUAAAGUUAUAUAUAGAUUAAGAUUAAGGAUCAGGAUUAAAAAAGUUUAAGGAAAUGGAAAUUUGGUUUUUAAGAGGUAAAAUUUUAAUGUUAUAUUAUAUUAAGAUUAAAGAUUGGGAUUAAAAAAAGAGGGAAAGAAAUUGCUGGACAAACAAUUUGAACUGGAAUACAAAAGAGGGAGGUAUGAGGAGGUCCAGAAAAUAAGUAAAUUUAAAAAUGGAGAUGAAAAGGUGGUAUUGUUUUUAACUGUUUUCUUUUUCGUCUUUUGUUUUUUGUUUUCUUUUUUUGGAUUAUGUAUUGUGUAUUUUUGAAUUGUGUAUUUCUUUUUUAUGUUUUUAUGUUUAAUUUUUUAUUGAUGUGUUCUUUUUAUUGGAAAUCUUAAUAAAUAUCAUUUAAAAAAAAAAAAGGGACUUUUGUUAAAACUGAAGGGUGGUGCUAAAAUGUCUUAAAUACUGUAUUGGCCGGAAUAUAAGCCUCACAUUAUUCCCCCAAAUUCUGACUAUGAAUAGUUAAAGUGCAGCUUAAAUUCUCGACCUUACAAAAAUUGGCUUUUAUGGUAUCACUGCUGAAACAGACAUACAGUAAAACGGAACGGGUGUGAGUGCCUGCGGAAUUUUAAGGGAGCGGUUUAUAUUCGGUUAUUGUCUUUUUUUCUUUUUCCGACUUGAAUUUCAAAGGGGUGGAUUAUAUUCAUAUGCGGCUUAUAUUCGGGCCAUUAUGGUAAAUAUGGGGUCAAAGGCAGCCCUCUCACCCGGCCUCAGUCUCCCCACAACACCUAUAAUGGUAUGAGACAUAACAGCCCGCCUCACAGGGGUGUUGUGGAAAAAAGCAAAAUCGUUUAUAGAAGGGGAAGUUCUGUCAGGCGCAGCUUUCCCCGCCGUUGCAUUUGGGAAACCACACAACCGGCAGCCUUUUCCUUGCCAUGACACCAGAAGCAGAUGGACUCCAAUUCUCAUCAACCUCAGUCAAUAUGGCCAAGGGAAAGGAAUGAUGGGAGUUGUAGUCCAACAAUAUAUGGAGGGCUGGGGCACAGGUUAUCCUUUCCUGUACUGGAGGCCAGAGAUGCUGAAGGAGCAAACAGUAGGAAAUAGGAGGAGAAAUAAGGACCCAACAGUGCCAACUUGAAUAAAAUAUGGGGCCCCGCUUCCCAUAAUCGAUCACAUUACACAGUGCACAUACGUCAUUUGAAUGGCAACGCCCAUUGUGAUAGGAAUUUUGAGGUCUUAGAUAUAUGGUAAUGUUCAUAAGCGUACCAACCAAGCACGUACAUAGAUCAGCACAGGAAGACCGACCGGAAACCAUUUUGAUUCCCAAACUGACCAAAUGUUUUCCCUGCAAGGAGGGAGGCGGGAGUCAGGGAGCCUUCCCAUUGUCUCAGGAAUUGAGUAAUCAGCAUUUUAAUGGGUGACAUACUAUCAGGAAAGGCAAUCAGAUAACCUGGCAAACAGGAAAAACAACAUUCAAAUUUCUGUUUUAGACCACCUUUUCUGUGAUGUAGGUAUGAUGUAUCUGGGGGGUGGUCUUAGGUUACAGGGUGGCAAUUUCAAAAGUCUUUAUAAGGCCUUGUGCUCCAUUGUUCUGGGUUCCUCCUCCUUUCCUGCGUGUGAGGGGAGCACCCUGUUGCAACAGAUCAACAAAGAUCAAGCUUACUAGCUGCUUUGCUUCUCAAUAUUCUCUGGUUGGCCUCUGUUAUUUUCUCCUACCAAUAGGGAACCUACGUAAGGACUCUAUAUGGCCUCUUGGAUACCCCAUAAGGGAAAAGGGCCAUUUUUGUUUACAACACCAUCACCUUUGGGGACCCCCCUCAGAUGUUUUAUUGGUGGGGGGGAGAAGGUACCUCAGCCCCUAGGAGCUGGUUCCUAUGCAAGGACUUAAAGGAGGAAUGAGCGAUAAUGGAGUCACAUAGAGGAACAAAGAACAGGCAAUGCAAAAAAGCAACAAAGUUCAACAAGGGUAAGAGAUUCUCGUUUUUUUCUUUUGGCAGGUCUCUCGUGUCUUCAUGACUGGCAGAAACAUAACAGCUGCUGUUUCCCCCUCACCGCGGUCACUGUUGAUGCUGGGAAGAGCUUCAGCUGUUACAUUCCUGCCCACCCUGCAGUUUUGAGAGUCAUAAAGCCGUGUGAGAAAGAAGCUGAGCCAUUGGCAGAGUGUCUUUGCGUGAGGGAGGAAGCAUGUGGAUGGACAAGGAGGGUUGCCACUUUCUGCCUGGCUCUGCUCAAACGCCCCUUAACUUGGGGCAGCUGCAUCUGUAAGUUUUGGCUUCUCUCAGUUUCUCAUUUCCCCAUUCUUAAGCUCAGUUCCCCAAAUUCCCACAUUGGUUCUGUGUUUUUGUUAUCUAAGAAGUCAUCGUGGUGAUGCUCCCGGUCCCUUCCAGUCCUACAAUUCUUUGGAUCUAUGAAAAUUCAUCAGCAUAUUAGUGCCAAUAUUUAUAUUUUCCUGAAUGAAAUGCAAUUUUUUAUUUUGGCAAAUACGUGCAUAUUUACGCACGUGUUACCUCAGUAUAUGCACUGCUGUACACAUUACUUGGGGGACGCGGGUGGCGCUGUGGGUUAAACCACAGAGCCUAGGACUUGCCGAUCAGAAGGUCGGCGGUUCGAAUCCCCGCAACGGGGUGAGCUCCCGUUGCUCUGUCCCUGCUCCUGCCAACCUAGCAGUUUGAAAGCACACCAGUGCAAGUAGAUAAAUAGGUACCGCUCUGGCGGGAAGGUAAACGGCGUUUCCGUGCGCUGCUCUGGUUUGCCAGAAGCGGCUUAGUCAUGCUGGCUCCCUCGGCCAAUAAAGCGAGAUGAGCGCCGCAACCCCAGAGUCAGCCACGACUGGACCUAAUGGUCAGGGGUCCCUUUACCUUUACCUUUACACAUUACUUAGCUGGAGAACUGAACUGCACUGCUGCGAAUUUCGAAGGACGGCUGUAUUUCCGUUUGCAUAUUGUUUUGGAAAGCGUGAUCUGGGCCGAUUUGCCUUGAAAUGUGAACUGCAUCAAAUGUCUGCCCCACCCCUACCCCAAAGACACAAAGAAAUGAAUUUCAUAAUGCAGGUAAAAGCAAAAGGAGCAGGCGUGGAACACAAGGUGACAACUGCAUAGUUGAGGGAGCUCUGCAUAAAAGAGGCGCAGAGCAGGAAAAAACCUGCUCAUUUUAGAGUUUCUGCCAUUGCUGCUGUGUUAGAAUUAGAGAAGCCAGACCUCAUGAAAGUCUCUUAAAAGCACAAGGAUGCUGUCAGCGUUGGGACUUGGAAACCCCUAAGCAGCAAAGAGGGGAGAGAGGUUACAGUAUUUUUCUUUCCAUAAGAUGCACCUGACCAUAAGACACCUAGUUUUUAGAGGAGGAAAACAAGAAAAAAAAUAUUCUGAGCAGUGGAUGUUUGAUUUUUGUGGUUCAUGCUGUGGCCACAGACAUGCUACGUGAUCUGAUGAUGAAUUUGGGUUGACCCAAUGCAAAAAUCCUGAGCAGCCAUGUGCUUUUACCUCCCCCCUCCCAGGCAGCCUCCUUUAUCGCUAGCCUCCCUUAUCUCCCUCCGAUCGCUUGCUGAUCAGCUGCUCAGCAGCUUUGUUUCAACACCCCCUUCCUUCUUUCUAAAAAAAAAAAAAAAAGCAUGAUCUGCUUUUUGCCCCUGGGUAAUUCGGCUCCAGGGACCACACAUUUGCUCCAUAAGAUGCACAGACAUUUCCCCUUACUUUUUAGGAGGAAAAAAGCGUGUCUUAUGGAGUGAAAAAUACGGUAAUUUUACAAACAGGCCCGCUGGAUCUACCACAUAGUGAGGAAAGCAAGCGAAAUCCUGAUCCUAAUUGGACCCUACCCUAAUUUUUGCAGCUUGGUUCCCUGUUUUGGGCAGGAGAUAACAGCAAGAACAGACAGCAGCACCUGCAGAGAGAACGAAAACAGUAGCCUGUAGGCUUGCGGCUUCACAAUCAUGCAGCUCACCCCAGGGACCCUUUACAAAAACGUAAGACAAGACCGGCCAAUGGUCCAUCCCAUCCAACUACUCAUUCUCCCAGUGGCCAACCAGAUGGUAGCCCCUAGUAGCCACUGCUAGCCUUUGUCUAACUCCAUUUCAAAGCCAUCACUUUCCCGGAUGUAACUUGACAAUGAAAGCAUUAAUAAUCCCAAACUCUUUUCUGAAGUCUCUGGAACAAUUGUUGUUAACUUGUGAAAUACUCUUCAGUUGUGCAAAUUAGCAGACUAAUACCAAACAGACAUCAACAGCUUGCUCCUCAGCGGAGUCUUCUUGACGAGGGUCCAGUUCGGAUUUAAUGCUAAGCCAAACUAUGGCUUUAGUGUGAAUAAGGAAGUGUGUGGGUAUCCGGAGUGAAAAUCACGACUGCGUCUCACCUCCCUCAGUCCCCUUGCUGCUGUGCUCCCUGAAGCUAAGCUACGGUUUGGCUUAGGGUUACGCACAAACCAGAGCUCACCGUUUGCCUCGUUCCUAGAAAACCACAAACUGUAACCAAGGUUUUCUCCUUGGCUUACCAUUCAUGGUUUUUCUGGAAGAGACAAAUAACAAGCUCAGGUUUCCCAAUAAUGCUAAGCUAAACCAUAGCUUACCUCUAGGUAGUGCCGUAGCAACAGGACCAGGGAAGGAGCAAAGCAGCAGUGAUUUUUGCUCUGGCUUGUACACUUAUUCACUGACUUACUCACACUCACUAAACCAGUAUUUGAUAAAUUAGGUUUAGGAAUUAAAUGUGCUGAACUUUUUUACUUUUAAAGAAUAGAUUACACUUUUAUUUCACCUUUCUCCCACGAAGUAACUCAAGAUGCACAUAUAAAUUUUCCAUACAUCUCCCAUCCAGGCACUCAGCAGACCCUUUGAGAGGGUGUAUGCAGGUUCGUCCACAAAAUAUAUAUUUUAGUCUGUCAACCAUGGCUGACAGUGAAACACUCUGUGUGCUCCUGCUCCCUUCUUCUGUUCCAUUAAACACUCUCAUAUAUUGCAUGGAAGGGCCUAGCUUGCCUUCUGAGUACUGAGGGUGACAAGGGUGGUCAUAUACAAAUGUCACAUCUCCACAUGCAUUUAAAGCACUUUGCUUCCACCAAAGAACUACAGAAACUGUUGUUUAAGGGUGCUUGGAGCUGCUAGGAGACCCCUCACAAAGAGACAUUUGCCUGCACCCAUAACAAACCCAGGAUUCUUUGGGAGAAGCUAAAGAGGUACAAUGGUGCUUUAAAUGGAUGUGGCCCCAAAGAGGCCAUUUUUAAUAGCUGUGCAGAAGAGGGAAUUUCAGAAGGUGUAGCUUGCAUGACAAUCGGCACCUGCUGAAAUGCCCUCUUCGAGACAAAUAUUAAAAAAUGCUGUCUUCCUUUUCCAUCUGGCCCACUUGACUGCUAGCAAAUAUGUUUUGUUUUGUUUUGACACUUACCAAGCCAAGGAUGCAGCCAGCCUCUUCAGCGCACAGCUCUAGCAAAAUGUGAAGCUCUGAGGACAAGCCAUGUCUGCCGUUCCCAGCUGCCUACACAUAUCUCCACCCCCUCAUCUUCAAAACAUUUACGCUGAUAGAAACAUGCUAGUGUCGACUGGGCUCUGAUGGCAAAAGUGAAGUGAGGUACCAUGACAAUUUAAGGAAGCCUGAAUUCAUGAUUCGUGCAUAAAUAUACAAAAGUAUCAAAUCUCAAAAAGUUUGGAUGAACAUUUAAUUUCUACAGAAGAGUCAAGAGCUUCGGCUAACCGGACUCCUCAGGAAAUAGACUUAGCAUUACAAUCAUAUACCUUAUAGCACGCCUUAAGGAACAAACUUGAUAGUUGCAGAGGAGGACAACCUCACAGGCUGAAUCCUGGUCCCGUUGAAGUCAACACCUAACUCCCAUUGGCUUCAAUUAGCACCAGAAUAUGGCCCUUUACUGCCAGGGAUGUUUACAUUAAAAUCAAAUUUACUACGCCAGUGAGGUGCACUGUAAACUUUUGGAGCCCCAUUAUCUCUUUUGGGUCCUUCAGAGCCCAAACAGCAGAAUAAACUGAACUAAAGGAAACCAAGCUUUCCCUCUCCCUUUCAUUCCUUUUUCACAGAUUCCAGGAAAGGAGGUUGGGUUUGACCUUUUUUUAAAAAAAAGAAAAGAAAAGAACAGAAUUAUCUGAAAUACAAAAACAGUUUUCCCAGUUGCCCUUGUCGCACUGCCCUUCACAUCCUAAGGAAGGGCCCCUUUUCAGUUCCAGAAGGACCAGAACCUGAAGGUGGGGAAAAUAAAGUUUGGUUGGGAUUAGGACUUGAAUUCAUUCCAGUGGGAAUAUAGUACAAACUCUCCAUGUAGUUGCCAUCGGCGGUUUGGGUAGCUGGAGGAACGUCGCUCUUCGAAAAAUGGCUGUAAUUUUCAUUGAGGUUUGCAUUUUCUUGAGCGGGUUGUUGGUCUUGAAGAUCAAGGUUGGCGGGGGGCAUCGCUGGAGGGGGAGGGGGAAACCCAGGAAACCCAGAGUAUGACAUAUAAGGUGGUCCAUAACCUCCUGGAUUCAUGACCACUGGUGAGAAAGGAGACUGGUAAAGCCCGCUGUGUGACGAUAGUGGGACUGGGGGUAUCAGGACCUCAAUAUACUGCCCUGUUUCUGGGUCAUAAAGCAUCUUUAAUUGAGGCUGCCUCGGCGGUUCCACAUAGUAGCAUUUCCCACUCUCUGGAUCAACCAACAUUUUUCUGUGUCCCUGUAGAGGAGGAGGAGCUGCAGCAGCAGGAGCAGGAUGAAAGUGCCUUGUUGGGCUUGGGGCACUCUUACCAGAUGGCGAAAUUCCUUCAUUUCUUCUUGUGAAGCUAGGAGACUCUUCAAGUCUUAGGGGGAGUUGCCCAUGGCUUGGGUGACUGUAUAGCACGUUGUCGGAGGGUGCCUUCGUCUCCAUUUGUUUUGGUGGGAAAAGUUCGUGGCUUAUUUUAUUUCCCGAUGCUUCUCCACUCGGCUGGAAGGAGACAUUGGAGGUGAAAGAGUUGUUGUCCGUGUUCAAAGGCACUGGGUGUUUAACGGUUGCUUCAGAUUGAUGGGUUUUCACAGGAAUCGUUAAGUAAUUUGUGUUGUCAGCCUGGGUAGCUGAAAAAUACUGUUCAUUUGUUGCCUGAUGUUUGUUGGAGUAAUCACACCCUGGGUCGUGGAGCUUUCCAUAAGAGGUUGAUGGAGUAAAAGAGGAGUUUGAUAUCACCUUGAUUCCUUCAGUGUACUCUGUUGGUGCUAGUGGACUGUUUGAAAUCACACAAUCAGACUGUAUUCUGUUGCGCUUGUCCAAGGGUCUGGUGUCUUCCUGUACUGUAGAGUCAUAUCUACCAUCUGUAAAAUUACUAUUUUCUUGAGUCUGUGUGUGAAUAUUUUGGGUGCUUGUCACUGGAGGCCUGAUGGCUUGUGGGUACCUACAGCUUCCAUGAGAUGAUCCAGAUUCUGGAAACAUAUUUUCAUCUUUCAGAAGGUUAUUGGAAGCCACUGAGAAGAACUCGCUGGAUAAAUGUUUCUGAUAGGGCAACUCAGCUUCCUGGGUUUUGUAAGGGUCAUUAAUAUAGCUUGUGGUUCCACAGCCAUUAUCUCUCCUUGUGAUUUCCCGUACAUAGGUAGAAGAUGGGAUCCUAAGAGACUCUGAUGAAGCAGCAUCUCGGCUUUCUCUCAACAAACUAUGUUUAGACUGUGGCACUGAAUCUUUCAUGUUCCUUUCAUCCAGUCUGGAGCAACUAGAAGCUGGAAAAUAGUCAGUUUCAGUUUUGUGUGACUGUUUGGAGAGAGAACUGUUGACUUUAAUAUUAAGCUGAGAUUCUUUCUUGGCAGUUGUAGACGAAGGCCUGACAUUUAAUUCACUCCGCUCAUAAGGCACUUGUUUGUUUCCAACUUGCGUCGGAAAUUCUUUAUUUUCAACAAGUUUCUUGGACUGAAUUGUAGUAAUGUGCACUGCAGGUUCACCCACUGAAGAACAUUUGCUUUCUGGAUGACAUACAGGUACAUUUUCGUGUGUCUGUACUGUGGGAUUAGAAUUAUCAGUGGACUCCUUGCUCCUUGUGCUCUGAUCAUGUAGAGAAAGCGUUGACACAUCAAUGUCCCCCAUUUGGUCUUGCUUAUUCUCCUGUGCAUUGUUUGCUGUUUGCAUAUCAUCUUUCCGACAUAUUGAUGUGCAGCGUAUGAACAGAGGUGAAACAGCUGGGGGCUCCUUUGGUAGCACAAUUAAGCUGUUCUCACUUUUGCUUUCAGAAUAGGAUGCCUGAUCUACACUGGAGCUGUCUGAAGAUUUAAAGCCAAGAGUAUAUGUGUCCUUCACUAAUUUUCUUACACCUCUGGGCUGAUGUAUUCUGGCCUUCUCUUUGCUUUCCGUUUGAAUUGUCUCCCCUGUGUGAGGUGUUUUGGGGGGAUUUGAUUUUUCACCACUGUGUGAUUUGGCAGAAGCUGGAAAAGCCACAGAUGAAAGUUUCAUGCUCUGAAAUGUAGGCAGCCUCCGCUCAUUGGAAACUCUGUCCAAAGAUUUGUGCCUAGAAGCAUUUGGAACAUUAUGCUCAUUCUUGAUCUGAGGGAUGAGUUUCAUUUCUUUGGUUUUGGAUGUGAAGAUGUUACUGGGAGUAUCUUUGGGUACCACAAGGCUUUUCGGUUUCAGGGAGAAUUUUUCUUCCUUUGACUGUGUGUGCUUGCUCUGACGAAUGGCUCGCUGCUUCAGAUUUGGCCAUGGCUUUUGUGGCUUUGCAAAUUUCGGAACUGCAGCCAAGCUUUCCGUAUCAGCCUCCAUGGACUCGAACACAGCUCGGGCUCUCCUGUAUUCUUUCCUUACCCCAGCGGCCUGCUUCCUGGUGUUGCUUGAUUCUAUUACAUUCACACACCCAUCUGCCAAAAUGGGGAGUCUUUUCAGCUGAGUGACUUCUUGAUACUUCAGUCUCUCGUUCAGCUCGUUAAAUGUAUCUUUCAGUUUGCAGACAUUCUCCCUUAGCUGCUCGUUGAGCACAACUCCUUUCGUUGGCCUCAAGGCGUCCACGCCGUCUUUAUUCACUGUGAUGGGCUCUGACCUCUCACUGGUGGAAUGGCUCUGAACAUCCUCCGUUGAAAAACUGCAGUCCGACUUAGACAGAGAACUUGACUUGCCUUCUAAACUGUCCCCUGGGAGGUCAGUGCUUAUGGACGAAGGGACAGAAGAGGUUGAGCUCCCCCGGGCAGACGCUUGUUCCAUUUUAAUCCUGUGUUCGUACUGCAUUUUUUUAGCCAAAACGUUUUUCACCAGGCUGGAAGCCAUCCUCGUUUUGCUGUAAGCAUUGUUCAAAGAGGCGGCUUUCAGAAAUUGCUUAUAAUUCAGCCUAAACUCAUCGCUGAUGUUUCUCGCUUUCACACACGACUCUUUUCGUGGUUGUGUGAAUGGCUGGAGGGCAGCACAGUCCCCAGCAGCACAGAAACCUGCCUCCUUCUUCUCCUUCCGUCUUAACUGGAUCUGACGUUUGGGCACCAUUCUCUUUUUAGAGAGGCUCUUUUUGCCAUCAGCAUUCUCUAGGGCGACAUCGAUGCACUCAGCGUGCUCCUUCCCCAAGACGCCACUGAGCAGUCCUGCAUCUGGGGCUUUGCUGGCUGUUGGGAAUAGCCGGCUUCCUUUCGCGUGGCCGACCACCACUGUUUUCCUCUGAUCACUGCAUAAUGGCCACCUGUUCAUUCCAUUACUAUCUUCUGGCAAGGAAUUGGACAGGCUGGAGGAUGUCCUGUUACUGGAACUAUACAUAUCUAGGUAGCUGCCUUGUGGGCAUGAGAGACUCUGGAAGGACAGAGCAGUAAGCUUCUCUACUUCGUUAUCAGCCUCAUCAGAGUCACUCAAAACACAGGGAUUUUCAACAAAAUAUUUGGGGCAUGCUGGUUUGCUACUUACAGGAUCAUGCACUCGGCUGCCAAGGCUGCUUUUCUUCGGCUUGCGUGCACUGGGUAACAUUUCCUUGGAUUUGUCGGAACUGAAUUGUGCAGGAUGAUCCAAAUACUUCGUUCUGCUGUCUCCUGGCUGCAGCCUCCGUGUGACUAGCCCCAUUCUACCACUGCACACUGGGUCUGAGCUAUUCUUAGCUUUGAUUGACAUCUGAACCUGUUGCUUUUCCUUCCCACUGGAAGAGAGUUUGUCUCUGCAGGUUUGAUCUUUUAUAGUACCCUUGGGGUCUGCCUGCAGGCUCGGUGCUCUCGCCUCUUGGACUGGCAACGACUCCCCAAAUGUCUCGCUCCUGCGUAAAGGAAAACGGGAUCGAGAUCCUCCAGAUGUUGCAGCAUAAGUAUUCCCUUUUGUGCCGCACAGGCCCUCUCGUAAGACGUCGCUGGAACUAUUCAAAGUCCCAUGGAGUUGGCUGGCUGUAACCUUGGAAAUCCUAUCAGCAGGGCUUGUCUGAGCUGCAGGAAGGACCGGCGUUGCUGUUACGCUUCCUUGCUCAUGUUCUGAGUCGCAGUAAGUGCACUCCUCAAGACAAUCUCCGGCUUCUUCAAAGAAUUCGACACAGUCCUUGAAACUCUCCGCUUCCUCUGAACCCGGCGCUGAACGGUAAGAAGAACUAGACGUGUCUGAGGUGCGGUCUCCUUUGGAAUUGCUCGGAACGUGGCAGUCUUUCUCUGGAGGAGAAUGGAGUCUGCAGCUGUAGUUGUUGAUUUGUUCUCCGUCCGGACCAUCAGGUUCAGGAGAAAGUUGACUGUUUCUCGUCACGCAGGGGAACAUUUUUAUGCUGCAUAAACCAUUCAGAUCUGAGCUGGAACAAUGGGAGUCUGGAUCCUGUUUUAUCGAUGUUGCAGCUGGGUCUGUUCCCACUCACACUUGCGAACUUGAUCUUCUGGGAGAAGCUCAUAUUCCAUCCUCUCCCUGUUUAAUCCAGUCAUGAUAAAAAAGCGAAACCUCUGGUUAUGUCAUGUGCCUGUUUGAGGGAGGCAUGCCGAAGAAAAUAGAAACACACACAUGCAGCGUGCUAUAAAAACACAAGCAUCAGUAAACAGAAAACAAAAUAUCAGGGCUAUAUUUGCUUUCCUUCUCUCCAGAGCAACUCAGCCAGAAGUUGAGAUACAGAGCAGCUAGUUUCAAAAUGUGUUAUGGCUUGCAGAACAAAGUACUCCAGGAGGCACCAGCGACAUUAGAGAAAUAAAAAUAAAGAUUAAAAAUCCAAGCGUGUUAGCAUGGUUGCUACAGCUGUCGUCUGAUAAAAUAAUUUUUAGUCCUUUAAUCACCUAAAUGGCUGAAUAAAUUCAUCACUUAAAAACAAAUACAAUUGUAUAUGCGUAAUACACCGAUCUUGAAGGAAAUUAGGUAGGACAUGUCUAUGCUGGGGCUGGGGCCAUCUUAGAAGGCACAUUUCUUCCUAUGUGAGAGAGGAGGAGGAAAGCAUAUUCUAGGAUUUCUUGCCCUCUGCAACUUCUAUAAGUACACAUAUUUAAAAUAAUUUAAACAUGGUCUCUGAAGAAGUGUGCAUGCACAUGAAAGCUCAUACCAAUAACAAACUUAGUUGGUCUCUAAGGUGCUACUGGAAGGAUUUUUUAAAUUUUGUUUUGACUACGGCAGACCAGCACAGCUACCUACCUGUAACUUAAAAUAAUUUAACAUUAAUUAAAGCAAGAGUUUCCCACGUAUUCGAUUAAAGGCUGCAGUUCUAACAGUUGUUAAUACUGUUGACGGAGGGGUUCAAAAGCAACGCAACAUUCCCACUUUAAGGCAACAGCUUUCACUCAGACCAGGGUUUCCCAAACUUGGGUCUUCAGCUGUUUUUUGGACUACAAUUCCCACCAUCCCUAGCUAGCAGGAACAGUGGUCAGGGAUGAUGGGAAUUGUAGUCCAAAAUCAGCUGGCGACCCAAGUUUGGGAAACCCUGACUUAGACCAAGGACAACCAAUGCAUUGCCUGCCAGGUGUUGUUAGACUGCAAUUCCCAUGAGUGCCAGUCAGCAUGGCCAGUGGUCAGGGAUGAUGGGAUUUGUAGUUCAACAAAUAGAAGGCACCAUGUUGGCUACCCUUGAUUUAAUACCUUUGCUUGCACAGCAGCAUAGCUGAACUGGCAACAUCUACUGCUUCCGGAGUGGUUGGGAUGUUUGCUGUGCCUCCAGUCUUCUAGCUAGACUGGCGACUGGGAGCGGCCGCUGAGACCAAUAACACCGGUCUUGAAAGACCUACACUGGCUCCCAGUACGUUUCUGAGUGCAAUUCAAAGUGUUGGUGCUGACCUUGAAAGCCCUGAACGGCCUCGGUCCUGUAUACCUGAAGGAGCGUCUCCACUUCCAUCGUUCUGCCCAGACACUGAGGUCCACCGCCGAGGGCCUUCUGGCGGUUCCCUUGCUACGAGAAGCCAAGUUACAGGGAACCAGGCAGAGGGCCUUCUCGGUAGUGGCGCCCGCCCUGUGGAACGCCCUCCUACCAGAUGUCAAAGAGAAAAAUAACUACCAAACCUUUAGAAGACAUCUGAAGGCAGCCCUGUUUAGAGAAGCUUUUAAUGUUUAAUAGGUUAUUGUAUUUUAGUGUUCUGUUGGAAGCCGCCCAGAGUGGCUGGGGAAACCCAGCCAGAUGGGCGGGGUAUAAAUAAAUUAUUAUUAUUAUUAUUAUUAUUAUUAUUAUUAUUAUUAUUGCAGUGGUGAUUAUUGCUGCUUGCUUCGGACUUCCAUUUCUGUCUCCUCCAUUCAUCUCUACUCCUUAACUCUGUCUCCUUUCAAAGACUGAAGCUGACAGCACAACAAUACUGUGUGUGGAGGGAUUACUGUUUUCGUUUGUUAUUAUGGUAUGUGAUUAUGUGUUUUUAUAUUAUAAACUGCUCUGUGAUCUUCGGAUGAAGGGUGGUAUAGAAAUUUAAUAUAUAAUAAUAAUAACAGCAGCAGCAGAAACUGGCCAUUUGCUGCUGGAAAAUCUCUCCAUCCCUUCCCAUUUACCUCUGACUGAUUGAAGUGUGAAGGCCCUGUGUGGUCCUAGGAGCAGUUUUCAAUAGCUCUGUUCUUGAGGUGUAACCCAAUAGGAAUGAAGUUUGCACCUAUCAUUUUGCAUUUCCAAUCACCGCACACAUUUGCCCUGCAGAACUUGUUUAGCUUUUGUGGGGUAAGUCAGGAUACCACUGGAAAAUUAUUUUGGGUUGCACUUCUAAUCAAGGGAAGCAAUCUGCUAAUUGAAAGACAAACUUGUUAUGUACUGAAGUUCUCACCCUGGGCCAGCAGGGGGAUACUGUAGAUAGUUAUGCAUAUAAGGGAUCGAAAGUGACGUUCAGUGAUUGGAUAGUUUUAGAAAAUUGUUACAGUUACGUUGUACUGGAGCUCUAUAUAAGCAGGCUGACUGAAACCCUUCAGUUCAGUUCAGUUCUGGCCUGGCCUGUGAAUAAACAAGAGCUGUUUGAAGAAUCGCUGUGUCGUCUGAUAUGUUCACCCACAACUUAACAAAACUAGAUAGAUAAGGGGUCUGAGAUGAAUUGCAGACAAGUCAUAUGGCCAGCCCCCUUUUAGGAUUGGUGUCCCACUUAAUCCAUAGCUGCCCCUUAGACUGAAAUAACGGAGAUGGGCGACAGAGCUUUUCACACACGGUAUCUUCUCUG